AUGCAUGCAGGUGCAACAAUGAAAGGUUAAUGUCUUGAUUAAUCAUUUUAAUACGGCUUUUACGAAAUUGAUUUUUAUUUCACAAAAGAUUUAGUAUAAUUUUAUAGCGACAGGAGAAGAGAUGAUGCUAUAAAUGGCACCAUAUGUUCUGGCUGAAUAUCGUUCAAAGGAGAAGACUAAUUUAAGAACCUUAUUAGCCCAAUUGCAGCAAUGGAAAAAAGCUCAUCCGUAUCAAUUUCAAAUUGAUAACAUGACAAACGGGCAGUUAGAUCAAUGA